CCCACAUGUCAUCAAGUAUCCUCCCGUAACAUGUCCUCUCCAGAGAUCGCCUCUCUCUCCUGGGGCCACAUGAAGGUGAAAGGAUGCUCCUCCAGCUACAAGGACUGUAAGGUCUGGCCUGGAGGCAGCCGGGCCUGGGACUGGAGAGAGACUGGGACCGAUCAUUACCCAGGAGUACAGCCUGCUGACCUGGAGGAGGUGCUGAAGAAGGGAAUAGACUUGCUGGUCAUCGGCAGAGGCAUGAGUGAAGCUCUGCAGCAGGUAUCCUCCCGUAACAUGUCCUCUCCAGAGAUCGCCUCUCUCUCCUGGGGCCACAUGAAGGUGAAAGGAUGCUCCUCCAGCUACAAGGACUGUAAGGUCUGGCCUGGAGGCAGCCGGGCCUGGGACUGGAGAGAGACUGGGACCGAUCAUUACCCAGGAGUACAGCCUGCUGACCUGGAGGAGGUGCUGAAGAAGGGAAUAGACUUGCUGGUCAUCGGCAGAGGCAUGAGUGAAGCUCUGCAGGUUCCCUCCUCCACUCUGGACUUCGUGAAGCAGAAAGGGGUCGACGUCAGAGUCUUGCAGACGGAGAAGGCCGUCGCUGAAUACAACAAACUGGCUGGGCAGGGCGCCAAGGUGGGCGGGGUCUUCCACUCCACCUGUUGAUGAUUUACAGAGGAUGAAGAGAUCAAAUGUUGUUUAAACAACUUCAGUUUGCCACUGAUAUAAUUUCAAACAUCACUUUUAGAUCAAAAUGAAGAUUCAGUACAAGUACAUUUGACUUUAGAGGCAAAUUUGGUGGAACGUAAAAGUACAAUGACCACUUUUCAACUCUCAGUUAAAAAAGAGAUUUUGGUAAAACGCAAUGAAUGUACAGCAGAGUCUAUUUUUAAUGAGGUGAAAAUGUAUUUAUGCUUGUUUGCUACACAUAAUAAAAAGAGAAAAAAACUCCA